GAACGCAUUGCGCUUCGCUAUCGUCGGUGGAUGCAGCGAAGCUCUUUUCAUUCAGCGCUGUUGGGAGUUCAUUUCUGGAGAGAAGGCGUUGCUUCAAUGCAGGUCAGAUAGCUCAGCAGCUCACGCGCCUGCAGCAAGGAUUAGAUUUGGCCGGAGUCGUCGCAUUGCAGCUGGCAUGCUGUGGUUGCAGGAGAUGACAGCAGAGAAGGCUAUUAGAGCGACAGGCGUUCCAACUGCAGUGAACACCAGUGAUGCAGGAACGAAGUGUUUGAGCAAAGCCAGGCUGAAGAAAUACCUCAUGAAGAUGAUCCAUGAAGAUGACGAGAAGAUUAUGGCCAGCGCAAUCCAAGCUCCGGAAGAAGUGAGAAAGUUGGGCAAGGCCUUCGAAACGGAUGAAGAAGAGGAGAUUGUGCAGGAUGAGCCCUAUGCAGAACAAGAAGAAAGACGAUUGAAGCGGCAGAUCCGGCAGCUCAACGAAGAGUUGCGGGAGAAAGACGGAAAGACGCCAAAGCAUAGUCCAGAGAUUGAGAAGUUGAAGAGAGAG